UUGAACAUUAUGUUUUUGUAUCAAACUCAUAUUUAAAUAAAGAGCAUUUCAAUCCUAACGACUACUUUGCAUUAACAGAAAUAUUGUGCUUUUUCAAUGCUUUUCAAGUCAUGUUAGUGAUAUAUAAAAAAUAAAAAAAACAAAUUAUUUUCAUUAACCGGGAACUGCAAGUUACCUUAGCCAGCGAACUUGUUUGAGUCCCCUCUUUCAAACAACAACUUUUGUGUGCGACUGGCUACACCGUGUGGCCAUCUGACACACACCAAGUAACUCCUAACUGACGAGUAACUCCUGACAGACCAAGUAACCCCAAACCGAGUAACCCAUGACCGACUUAGUAACUUCUGACUGACCGAGUAACCCCUAAUCGACCAACUAACCCAUGACUGACUUAGUAAUCCCUGACCGAGUGAGUAACCCAUAUAGCACUAACAAAGUAACCCCCAUAAUAAUUGGCCACACGGUGUGACCUGUCACACAUAAAAGUCCCAUUUACCCAAAAAAAAAAAAAAAAAAAAAAAGAAAAUUAAAGGAAAGUUGAGUCCCCUAUUUUUGACAAACAUCAAACUUCAGUCCCCUCAAUUAUGCUUUACUCCAAUAAUUUUAUACGGACCGGGUCCAUACAAGCCUGUUUUAGCUUUGUACUCGUAAAAUACCUAGCCUUCUAAUUUGAUUUUUGUCACGCGUUGACCUGAAAAGCCAAAGAAAGGCAUGCCCUUUCAAACUUUCUUAAGAGACUACAAUAUUCUACAACUCACUAUUUGAUUUUCCCCCUUCAAAAUAAAUACUGUAUAAAAAUAAAAAGGAUCAUAUUCCAUUGACCUUGAGAUCAGUUUUUCUGUUACUCCAUUGUUCUACUACAUACUCUUUACUUCCAUAACUAAAAUCUCGAACCACCAUCCUGACUCUUCUCCCUGCUAUUUUUCUCAGGGUUUUAACAAUCAAUGGCUUCUGUUUCAUCAAUGAAUAAUGUAUGUUUUAGUAAUAUAAGUUCACAUGUUUCUCUAUCGAACCGAGAUCAACACCGGCAAUUGUAUUACGGAAGUUUGAGUUUUAAGUGGCUGGGAAGACAUAUUAGUAGUAGGAAGAAGAGAUUUGGAGCAUGUAGUAUUGUAGCCGAGAGUUCGGAUAUUCAUUUUAGUGAUCCUGAAUGGAAAACUAAGUAUCAGAAGGAUUUUGAGUCUAAGUUUAAUUUGCCACAUUUGAAAGAUAUUUUGGAUGUGAAGCCGAGGCCAAGUACGUUUUCCCUUAUGAAGAGGGAAGGUGCACGUUGGGCAGGAAAGGAAAAUGUCAUUGAUAGUGCUGAAAAACCAAAGGAUCGGAAAAAUGAUUAUGUUGACAAUGAUGAUAGGACGCUGCUAAAGGUGAUCAAAUAUGCCUCACCAACUUCUGCUGGAGCUGAGUGCAUUGAUCCUAAUUGCACAUGGGUGGAACAAUGGGUACACCGUGCAGGUCCACGUAAGGAUAUAUACUUUGAGCCUAUGAAGGUGAAAGCAGCAAUUGUAACUUGUGGAGGCCUUUGUCCCGGUCUUAAUGAUGUCAUAAGACAGAUUUUUUUAACUCUGGAAAGAUAUGGUGUUCAAAAGAUAUUUGGUGUUAGAUAUGGCUUCCGUGGAUUUUUCGAUCCUGAACUACCUAUGAAGAAGCUUUCUCGUGAGCACGUCCAAGACAUCAAUCUUGAAGGUGGAAGUCUUUUGGGAGUAUCUCGUGGAGGUGCCAGUAUGAGCGAUAUUGUAGAUAGUAUAGAGGCAAGAGAGAUUGACAUGGUUUUCAUUCUUGGUGGCAAUGGUACACAUGCAGGAGCAAAUGCGAUACAUAAUGAGUGCCGCAAGAGAAAGUUGAAGGUCUCAGUUAUAUGCGUGCCAAAAACUAUUGACAAUGACAUACUUUUGAUGGAUAAAACCUUUGGAUUUGAUACUGCAGUGGAAGAAGCACAGAGAGCAAUCAAUUCUGCAUAUAUUGAGGCACAUAGUGCAUAUCACGGUAUCGGCCUCGUGAAACUGAUGGGAAGAAGUAGUGGUUUCAUAGCCAUGCAUGCAUCACUUGCUAGUGGCCAAGUUGACGUUUGUCUAAUUCCUGAGGUCCCUUUUACUUUAGAUGAACCGAAUGGUGUCCUCCCGCACCUGGAACAUCUUAUACGAACAAAAGGGGCAGCUGUAGUUUGUGUGGCUGAAGGUGCAGGACAAGAACUGUUGUCUGCACCAGAUCUGAAAGACGCAUCUGGAAAUGCUGUUCUUGGAGAUAUUGGAGUACAUUUUAAAAACCAGAUAAAAAGUUAUUUCAACGAGAAGGGUAUUCAUUCUGAUGUCAAAUACAUUGAUCCUACCUACAUGGUCCGAUCAGUACGUGCAAAUGCUUCUGAUGCCAUAUUGUGUACUGUUCUUGGCCAAAAUGCUGUUCAUGGUGCCUUUGCAGGGUUUAGCGGAAUUACGAUGGGAAUUUGUAACACUCAUUAUGUGUACUUGCCAAUCACAGAAGUGAUACAUGCUCCUAGAACUGUGAAUCCUAAUAGUAGAAUGUGGCAUAGAUGCCUCACUUCCACUGGUCAACCAGACUUCUCGCCCAGGAGUUGCUGAUCGUUCAUUCAUUUGUCGAUACAAAUUAUACUAUAGUUGAUUUUGAUGAAUUAUAAUGUAUUCACGCCUACAGGAAUAUCAAUCUGUGCGGAAAAAUUAGUUGAGUGAUGCAAAAGAGUAGGUAUAUUGAUUUUUUUGUGGUUAUUCUUCGAGGUUUGAUGAAUAAUCUCACUUGAUUAGAACUGCAGCAAUUGCAAUAGUACAAUGUAGUCAAUCUUUGAACAAUGGUAACAAAUUAUACGAUUUAUUAAUGCCA